UAAAUGUUGAUUCAAUACCGACCAAACAGUUUAGUAGGGAAAAAAUUGCCCUAUCACCCGAGUGAAUUUUUCAAACUCUUUAUACAGUCACUCCCGCGCACCACUCCUCAUACGCACCUCAUCGUCGAUUCUCCUGCUCGAUUAUGUUCAACAAAGUUGCUCCUCCUCCGUCAUCGCAGUCGCCUGUGUCGAUUUUUCGACCAAGCAUCAGCGGCACUUCGAGAAGUACUUGGGCCUCCAUUGUUAGUACCACCAUCACCAUUUUUCUGCUACAACCAGUUCGCCUAUCUUCAAACAACCCCGACAUUAGAAUGGCUCCUGCGAAAAAGAUGUGCCGUAUUCCUUUACCAAAGAGGGCAUUGAUUGAACCAUACUCAUCCCCGACCGAUACACUUACACCUGCUCUUGAAGGUGUUACAGCAGAUGGAUCUCAGACUAUUGCACCAUCUCCGUCUGAAAGUAAUGCAUUGUCAAGAUCUAAGACUGUUGCACCAUCUCCAUUUGAAACUAAUGCACGAGCUGAUCCAUAUAUGCAAUAUCGAUGGACUGUUGCUGAUCCAGCGACAAAAGGGCUGUUGUACAAGCUGUCCGGGUAUGAUUCAAUUGCUUUCAUAGUGUGGAUGAUGGAAACAGUCCUGUUUUAAUUUGCAUAUAGGAGCUCAUUUGUUUUCUUUGUUUACUUUGUUGGUUAUGAAAGCUUGAAAAAGUCUAAUUAGCUUUAUUGUUGGAUUAACUCUCCCAUGUAAUAAGAUUUAUUGUUGAGAUACAAAAAUAUACAUAAAACUAAUUAGGAUACAAGUAUGUAAAAAUGUAUUCACUAUUAAAUUGCCUUUAAAAUCCAAAUAACAGAGCUUACUGCUAAUACGUUGGAGAAGCUGUUCUUUAACUCCCAUGAAGAAGGUUUUGAUUGGACGAAUGUUUUCCAAUAAAAUAAGACAAACUCAUCUC